UCGAGGAACGAAAAUGCCUGAACCUGCAAAGUCCGCGCCCAAGAAGGGCUCCAAGAAAGCCGUGACCAAGACCACCGGCAAGGGCGGCAAGAAGAAGAGAAAGACCAGGAAGGAGAGCUACGCCAUCUACGUGUACAAGGUGCUGAAGCAGGUCCACCCCGACACCGGGAUCUCCUCUAAAGCCAUGAGCAUCAUGAACUCGUUUGUCAACGACAUCUUCGAGCGCAUCGCUGCCGAGGCAUCUCGCCUGGCCCACUACAACAAGCGCUCCACCAUCACGUCCAGGGAGAUCCAGACCGCAGUGCGCCUGCUCCUCCCUGGUGAGCUGGCCAAGCACGCCGUGUCUGAGGGCACCAAGGCCGUCACCAAGUAUACGAGCUCCAAAUAAACUGGAUCUCAGACGUCAACACAACGGCUCUUUUCAGAGCCACACACUUUAUACUGACGAGCAUACUUCCUAUUGUUCAACAUGCGGUUACUAUGUUGCCAACUACUUGAAUCGCGGAUGUGGACCUCUGUGUCACUGGGUGGUAUUAAUCCGCUGUACUGAACAUGGUCAACAAAUGUAUUUCUCCGUUUUAGAUUGUGGAAAGACAAACUCACUACAGGGAUCAUUAAUGGAACUUUCUAUUUGACAAUUGUGUUUCAGUUCCACAUUUUAUAUAUUUGUUUUUGUUAAUUCCUGAUAUGCAAAGUUGAGUUAGUCAUUAGACUAAAAUGCUGUGGAGCAGAAAACUAGUAUCAACAUUCAUGUUGCAGCUUUCUAUUGCACAGUCUUGUCUGUAUUGUUUUAGUCGUCUGUAUUUUUGUUGCCGUACGGUGUCUGUAGACCAUUACGGCUUUUCAUUGGGCCGGAGUCUACGGUGAGCGUAGACACUGUAGACUCGGGCCAAUAGGAGCGCCGAAACCCACCGUAGACGACCAAUCGUCUGGUCGACGGAAGUUGCGUCACCAAAACAACACACAGCGAAGAAGCCGGCAAGUCCGCUAUUUUUUUAAAAUGGAAACUGGCAUUUCUUCUAUGUUUACGUGAAGUUACAGACUCUGGAUUUAGCGGAAAUUACACGACGCUGAAUAGCGCAUUUAAGCCUUUUUCUUUGUGGUAAAUGUUAGCCGCGCGCUAGCCGACAUCUAAUGUAUUACGCCCAUUUCUAGUCUUUUCAGUGGCUACAACUGAUGAUCGCAACAUUAGCAAUUCAUGUUGUAAAUCCAGAUGCCCGUGCACCUCGUCAGCAGGCCUGGUGAGAAGUAUGGUCUUCACCAAACCUGCACACAGCAGCUGCUCAGCCGAGCCGCUUCCUUCACUCACGCACGGAGGGUAUCCACGCGCCUUCAAGUCAACAUGGUGCUUUCCGUGGCUCGUUACAAACGAUCUGAGAUAUAUGAAGUAGUAAGUGUAUUUAAUAUCAUACUAGGCAGAUUUACCGCACUGCCAUUUACUACACAUUUACCCGUGUUUGGCAAUUGUCAGCAGAUCUCGCUCGUUGUAAACUUUCUUUAAGUAUGUGUAACAUUCACAAUGAUAUUGUUGAUGGUAACUUGUAUGAUUCCAGCCUACCUGAUAGGCACUUUUGACUUUUUGUAGUUCAGUUCACUGAUUGACAACCCUGCAGUGCUGUUUUCCUCUAUUCCUGUUUCA